AUGGCACCAAAACAAAAACAUACUGCGGCUGAUGCCCCACCACCCAGAAGCUUUUCUGAAAGAGAAUUGGCUGCUAGAAAGAUAGUUGGAAUAAACACCGAAACCGUCACCGACAUCACAUCCACAGAUUUCCCAGGCCAUUGGCCUAACGAAGAUCAUGCGUGGAAUAAACAAAGAUUCGCCGAGAACCUCAAAGUACAAUUCCACCAAAACGAACCACUACUCUCCUCAUUCUCCCUCAUUGGCAUCGAUGCCUCGGUCGCCAAUGCAUUCCGUCGAAUUCUCAUUGCUGAAAUCCCCACACUCGCUAUCGAAUACUGUUUCGUCAAAAACAACACUUCUGUAAUCCAAGAUGAAGUUCUCUGCGCUCGUCUCGGUCUCCCCGAGGAAGAAACCCCCGAAGAAGAACGUCAUCUCGGCUCUUUCGAUCAUAACACCAUUCAAUUGACCCUGAAAGUCGAAUGUACGCGCAACAAGGAAGCUGCUCCAGGAGAAACAGACCCAAGAAAAAAAUACCACAAUGCACAUGUAUAUGCGAAGGAUAUCGAAUUUAAGCCUUUUGGAAGACAACUCGAGUAUUUCAGCGGCGAGAAUACUAUCAAGAGUCCUAACCCAGAUAUUUUGAUCGCGAAGAUGAGACCCGGUCAAGUCAUUGAUAUCGAUAUGCAUGCAAUUAAGGGAAUUGGAAGGGAUCACGCCAAGUUUUCGCCGGUAGCUACAGCUUCAUAUCGAUUAUUGCCAGUGAUCGAUAUUACUCAACCAAUCUUGGGCAAAGACGCAAAGAAGUUCAAGAGAUGUUUCCCUGACGGCGUUAUUGGAAUUGAGAAGGUUACUGCCAAGGAGGCAAAGAUUAAAGGAAGUGGAUAUGAAGGACACGAGGGUGAGGACAAGGCAGUGGUUGUAGAUGCUAUGAGGGAUACGGUCAGCAGAGAAUGUUUGAGACAUGAGGAAUUCCAAGGCAAGGUCAAAUUGGGAAGAGUCAGAGAUCAUUUCAUUUUCUCGAUCGAGAGCUUGGGACAAUGGGAUAGUGAUGAAUUGUUUCUGGAGUCGAUCAAGACAUUGAGAACAAAGUGUGAAGCAUUCAAGACGAGUUUACAAAACAUGACGAAGUAA